CCAUGAGUUCAUCAUCCUCCUUCGAGUAAACCGGCCGGUUUUCAGCUAGCUUAGCAGAGACAAGUGUCUUAAACCGCCUUACGCUCAAAAUGUCUCACCCAACACCUUCUGACAAGCCUUCAAACCCGGAAAACCCGCGCGUCUUCUUCGACGUAGACAUUGGAGGAGAAAGAGCCGGCCGGCUUGUUCUGGAGCUUUUCGCUGAUAUCACUCCUAAGACCGCUGAAAACUUCCGGGCUCUCUGCACAGGAGAGAAAGGAAUCGGCAAAUUGACCGGAAAACCGCUGCACUUCAAAGGAUGCCCAUUCCACAGAAUCAUCAAGCAGUUCAUGAUCCAAGGAGGCGACUUCUCUAACCAAAACGGCACUGGUGGAGAGAGCAUCUACGGGGAGAAGUUUGAGGAUGAAAACUUCCACUACAAGCAUGACAAAGUGGGUCUGCUCAGCAUGGCCAACGCCGGGCCGAACACCAACGGCUCCCAGUUCUUUAUCACUACCGUCCCCACGCCACACUUGGACGGCAAGCACGUUGUUUUUGGCCAGCUGGUAAAAGGGAUGGGCGUCAUCAAAAUGCUGGAGUCCAUUGACACCAAUGAAGACGCUCCUGUAAAGCCGUGUGUCAUUGGAGACUGUGGGGAGCAUAAGGACGGGGACAGCUGCGGCGUCGCACCAAACGACGGGUCAGGUGACGCCCUACCAGACUUCCCCGAGGACUCGGAUGUGGACUUUAGAGAUGUUGACAAAGUUCUGUCCGUCGCUGAGGAUGUGAAGAAUAUCGGGAACAGUCUCUUUAAGAAUCAAGACUGGAGCGGAGCCAUCAACAAAUACAGUAAAGCCCUCAGGUACUUGGAGGUGAGUGGAGAGCAGCUGGACGAGGAGGCUCACCAGAAGUUGGAGCCCACCGCGCUCAGCUGCUUCCUCAACACGGCAGCAUGUAAGCUCAAGAUGCAGCUUUGGCAGGAUGCUCUGGACAGCUGCAAUGAGGCUUUAGAGCUGGACCAGGCGAACACUAAGGCACUUUUCCGCAGAGCUCAGGCUUGGCAGGGGUUAAAGGAAUACAGCAAAGCCAUGACUGAUCUGAAAAACGCUCAGGGAAUAGCUCCAGAAGACAAAGCAAUCAGCAACGAGAUGAAGCGGGUGCAGCUGAAGGUCCAGGAGGAGAAAGAGAAGGAAAAGAAAAUCUAUGCCAAAAUGUUUGCGUGAACAUUUCCCCUCGUGAUGCAUUCUCGUCUGUAACGGUUCUAAAUAUUUGAAGUCACCUCGACGUGGCGAAGCUGCCCUUUCUGACAAAGAAGUCUGAAAGCAGGGGGGCGUUUCUCCACCGUCUGUAUUACAAGGGAAUGAGUGUUGUAAGCUUGGACCUGUCUAAAUCCUGACAAGUAUAUUCACUGUUAACGAUAGUUUGAGCGAUAGCGGGAUGCACGGCCGGCGUCAAAGCGGGUUAACACUCGACACGGGUUGGUUUGAAGUUGUUUGUCUUAUCGUUUCAUCGAAGGGAUUUUGAUACAGUGCCCUCAGAAACAUCUGUUCUUAUUUAUGUUUUUUACAGAGGUCAAUAAAGCAGAAACAACAACA